CGGCUCUUGAAAAUGAAGCCAAUACGCGGUAGAAAUCGAGUUAGAGACAUUAUAUCAGCAUCUUAGACUAGGUUCCUGGGAAACUAAGUCAGUCCGCCCGUUUAACACCAUGAAGGACCGCAUGCACGAGCUGCGAACUGGUAAGGACAGUGAUGAAGAUGAGGAGGUGGCAGUCGGCAUGGAUAACGAGUGCUUCAUGGAUGAGUUCUUUGAGCAGGUGGUGGAGGUUCGGGGGUUCAUCGACGCCCUCGGCAGGAAGGUGGAGGAAAUGAGACGGAACCACAGCGCCAUCCUGGCAGCGCCCGACCCGGACGAAAAGAUGAAGGUGGACCUGGAGGUUCUGGGGAGCGAUAUUAAGGAGCUGGCGAAUAAAGUGCGCUCAAAAUUAAAGGGGAUACAGCACAGCAUUGAGCAGGAGGAGGGACAGAACAGGUCAUCAGCCGACCUGAGAAUACGCAAGACCCAGCAUUCCACUUUGUCCCGUGCAUUUGUGGAAGUGAUGUCAGAAUACAACUCCACCCAGUCAGACUACAGGGAGCGGUGUAAGGGCCGGAUCCUGCGGCAGCUCGAGAUCACUGGUAGGAACAUCACCAAUGAGGAGCUGGAAAGUAUGCUGGGAAGUGACAACCCUGCCAUCUUUACCUCCGGGAUGGUGAUGGACUGUAAGAUCAGUGAACAGGCGGUGAGCGAGAUCGAGACGCGGCACGCUGAGAUCAUGCGUCUGGAGAGCAGUGUUCACGAGCUGCACCACAUGUUCCUGGACCUGGCCGUGCUGGCGGAGAACCAGGGGGUGUUGGUGAACAACAUCGAGAGGAACGUGCGGGGUGCGGAGGAGUACGUGGAGAAGGCCAAGGAGCAGACCAAGGCCGCCAUCAGCGUCCGCAAAGUUAGCCGGCGCAAGAUGAUGUGUGCUGGGAUCUGCUUGGCUGUGGUGUUGGCUGUUCUCAUCAUCGCACUGGCUGCAGGCCUCAGCUAGCCAGCCUGCGGCAUUAAUCUGACAGACCAGACCAAUCAAUCCCCGUCUGGCUCGGUGACUCGACCCGGCUGCUGGACCUCGUCUCCAGCCGCUGGACUGCCUACCGCACUGUGUGUUGUACACAGUGUGCAGCCUCAUGCAACACAUUCUACUGUGACUCCAAUGAGUCACAACAGCGAUGGCCGCUUUCCUUCUGGAACGAGCGAAUGAUUGAAGCCGCUGUUGAUCUGUCCACAUGAGGGUGAGCGCUCCAGGCUCUCUCCUCUACCCCCCUCCAUCUCCU